AUGACCAUUCGACUAGUUUUCUUGGCUGCUUAUCUACCUGUUCUUUUCGGCGGCUUGAUUUGGAAGUGGGAAGUUCCACGCAAUGGUGAAGAGUUAACAAAAGGCCUCAAACUUUUGGGAUUAAAGCCAGGCCCACUGGGCUACUUCAACCCUGCCUACAUGGCCUUUACCAAAGCAGAAGCGGAUAAAUUUCCCAACCUGGUGUCCUACCACACGAUGUUGAGAAGGAUGAAAAUCUACAACAUUACUCGGGAAUCCGCUCAAGUUCUUGUGCAGACUAAUAGAAGUAGAGUAAGAAGGGACGAGUCAAGUGACAGCGACUGGACGGGAGGGUCAACGGGCCAGUCCUCCCCCAUUACAACCUCAAGAGGUUCUUGUGAAUCUAAAACAGAAGGACUUUGUGACCUUUGUCCGGCUAGAACUGAUCUAGGUCCUGACAAGAUACCCGAGUUUAUUAACGUAAUGGUGUGUAGAGGACAGCAGUCCUGUGGACAAGGUUACGUGACAGGCGAGUGCAAAAACUCUUCCGUGACUCAAACAUUCGUACAGAGAGUAGGUUUGGAUCAAUAUAAAACUUACCAGCAGGAAAUUACUAUAUGUUGCGAAUGUGCAUUGUUCUUUUGA